UGUGAGCGCACACGGACCCGUGUGAUCAGCUGUGACCGUGGGAAACGAACCCAGACGUGCAAAAAUCCGCAUUUGGGCUGGAAACCGUCAAGAAAAGCAACAUUAAACCACAUCAUGGAGUUUAAGGAUUCUUGUCGUCACGCAUCGCUCAAAGGUUCACCGGAAGCUGUGAGCUAGUAUAAAGUAAACGGCUUCUCUUGAGCGCUGUUUACUUUGCGUGUUUUUUUUACAAGUUUGCCAUAUUACCCUGGAACUCGUACUGUAACGCAUCAGCGCGCGUCCGUGUGCCUGCGGGGGAGCGGGGACGCGCACGAACUGAAGCCCCCCGACAGAACUCAAUCUAGGAGAGCUCGGACCGUCAGCCGAGAACACCCGGGGAUGGACGGUCUGGGUCGGGCUGGGCUCUUAUUUACACUGGAGUUUUGGCCAAGUAAAUCUUGAAAAAUAAUUUUUAAAUAAUUAUAUGUAAUUAUCAAAGCUGGAGAAUAACGCGAAAGCACUUUUGGUGGUAAAUUAUUAAUAAUAAUAAUAAUUAUAUUUAUAUUAUUAUUAUUAGUAUCUUACCCUACGAGUGGGUCCUGUUAGUAUAGGUGUAAAUAAUUAUUUCUCCGAGUUUGUGAUGAGGCGAACCGGAGGUCGGACUGCAGCACGCGGGGGAGGACUCUCCGGUGGAAUUAUUGCGCAGCUUUUAAAAUAACGGGAAAACGGAUCACGGACUGAGACGCACACAUGGCACAGAGUAUGUCUGCGAAAGAAAACGCCUGCCGCAAAUUCCAGGCCAAUAUUUUCAACAAAAGUAAAUGCCAGAACUGCUUUAAAGCGCGAGAGGCUCACCUGCUCACAGAUGAAGACGUCACACAGGCGAAACCCAUCUAUGGUGGAUGGCUGCUCCUGGCACCUGAAGGAACCAACUUUGACAAUCCUCUACACAGAUCACGGAAAUGGCAAAGACGCUUUUUCCUCCUGUACGAGCAUGGACUGCUGCGUUAUGCACUGGAUGACAUGGCGACCACUCUCCCACAGGGCACCAUAAACCUGAAUCAGUGUGUGGACGUUGUGGAUGGUGAAAGCCGGACGGGACAGAAGCAUUCGCUGUGUAUCUGCACACCUGAUCAAGACCAUUACCUACGAGCUGAGAGCAAAGAGGUCAUACAUGGGUGGCAGGAGGCGCUGAUGGUGUUUCCUCGAACCAACAAACAAAACCAGAAGAAGAAAAGGAAAGUGGAGACGCCCACCCCACAGGAACCGGGUCCUGCGAAGGUGACCGUCACUAGUGCGAGUGGUAGCAACAGCAGUAUGGUGUGUCUGCCCAGCACUAUAGCUCAAGCUGAGAGAGUGCCACCCACCCAAGCUUCCCUGUGGCAGGAGGAAUCAUGGAGUCGAGCUGCUGUACCAACAACCUGUCCUUCCUCCAAUCUGAGCCAACAUUCAGAGGAAUCAAGAAGCUCAAGUGUUGGUCGUAAGCCUCGGGUGGAGAGUGGAUAUUUUUCACUGGAAAAAAACAAACCCGAACAAGACGAAGGACGACCGCAUCAACGUCAGCGCGAGCCGGAGUCCGAACUACCGCAGCAGCUUCCCACUCUUUUCUCUACUUCCUUUUCCUCCUCUCGCUCCAGGUAUCUGUCCAUCGACCCUGAACAUAUCAGCUCCCCAGUCAACACACAGAUGCCACAAAACAACAUGACACACACUGUUGCUAACACACCGACUUCUGAUGACGCCAGCGCUAACAAACACAACACACACUCUGACAACACGCAAAGACCUGUUAGAUCAGAUAAGCAUCUUUCACCUGAAACACACACUCAUGACUCCGUGGACGCCACAUCAUUGGGUUUCCAGACCUCGGCUAAACUCCGCUCCCCGACAUGCACCCAUCACAGCCCGGAAACGCACUCAAACUCACAUAUAAGCCACACAAACAUUCUCCCAUCAUCCCUGUCAUCUUCUCAGAGCUCUUUGGACUCUGAUUUGAGUCCCCAAAACUGCAGCUCUGUGCCCAGUGUGGGCGGAGCCUCGGGCAGGGUGGGGCGAGUUGGGCAGAGUUACGCCGCCUUGGCAGAUGUGCCGCGGGCGCUAAGACUCCGUCAUCGGGAAACAUUCCGAUCCAAUCAGAGGCGACCGGAUCUGAGGGCACGAACAAGGAGCCCGGGCAGGGAGGAAGUAGAACGACUGUUCGGACAGGAACGAAGGCGCUCGCAGGUUAUCGAGAGAUUUGAGUGUAAUGACGCUGUCGACACUCCUGAGCAAAUGGACACAACAAGUUCUUUAACAGAGUCCGCCCUUUCCUACUCUAGAACGGCCAAUCAGAGAGCAGGACGCAAUGAGAGACGCCUCUCCAACCAGAAACAGGAGUUUUCGUUGGAUUCAAGUAAAGGCCGAACAGAUGCUGUUUCAUCACUAACUGGUUACAGAAGAGCCAAAAGUCUGGACCGCAGAGCCACGGAGACACUCAUGGCUCCUGACCUGCUGAACUUUAAGAAAGGAUGGAUGACCAAACUAUACGAGGAUGGACUGUGGAAGAAACACUGGUUUGUUCUGACGGAUCAGAGUUUGAGGUACUAUCGGGACUCCAUCGCUGAAGAGGCUUCUGAUUUGGAUGGAGAAAUUGAUCUGUCCACGUGUUACGAUGUGACCGAAUUCCCAGUUCAAAGGAACUAUGGUUUCCAAAUCCUGAGUAAAGACGGGGCAUGCACAAUGUCUGCGAUGACCUCUGGGAUUCGUCGUAACUGGAUUCAGGCCAUUCUGAAGAACAUGCGGCCCACCGUUGCCCCGGAUGUCACACGGAAAAACGUUUCACUGAAGCUUUCAGUUCUAAUGCCCAGUUCCCUUCCAGAGGAGCGAAGUAGAUCAAAUGUGGAACAAAACUUCAUCCAGCCCUCUCCAAACUCUUCACAACUCUCUAACAGCUCUGCAGUUGAAGCCCAAAGGUCACAUCAUGACAUCACAGACGUGGCUCCGUCCCCUGAGCAACACAAGAGCCGCGUCUCCAAGCGAGAGGGUCGGUCGAAAACCUUCGACUGGGCCGAGUUUCGCCCAGGACAGGAAAAUGAAAACGCUCGACCCCCAAGGAAGAGGGCAGAUACUUCAGUCGUUAUCUCCACAUCAUCUCCCUCCUCAUCUGAUUCCUCUCCUAUCUCUAGUUCCUCCUCUCCUCUGACGUCCUCCUCUAUUACUAACACCAGCCAUACUGACGAAUUGCCACAACGAGAUGAAGAAGAAUUGGUGCGGGAUUCUAUGUGCCAAGAGCACCAUCAUCAGACCACACUUGCCUCAUCUGUGUCCGAGCCACCUUCAAAGCACCCCCAUAAAAUGCCACAAGAACAGGCGAGAAUAGAUGUAGACCAAACCAGAGACACGCAGGAGGUCGAUGGUCAUCGAGUGGCCCGCAGAAACUCUGAUGUCCAAGUAGAGAUCGAGCAGAGGUGGUAUCAGGUGGAGACCACGCCCCUCAGAGAAGAAAAGCAGGUGCCAAUCACUGGCAGCUCCGCCCCUAACACCUCCAAUGCACCUGUUGAAGAGAGGCUCCUCCCACAAGAGCCAACCACCAUACUGGAAAAGGAGUUGGGUCAGGCACAAAAGGAGCUGGCCAGACUCCAACAACAGAACAGCGUCUUGCAGGAACAACUACAGGAUGCUCGUGGGAGAGAGCAAAAUGCUCGAGAAGGAUACAUACUACAGGCAACAUGCGAGCGGGGAUUUGCAGCGAUGGAGGAAACUCAUCAGAAGGUGAUCGAAGACAUUCAGAGGCAGCACCAGCGUGAGAUACGGAAACUUCUAGAGGAGAAAGAAAGACUGCUGGAGGAGGAAACUAAUGCCACUAUUGCUGCCAUUGAAGCCAUGAAAAACGCUCAUCGAGAGGAACUGGGGAAAACGCAGCGCACGCAGAUGAGUGGUGUGAGCGCAGACAUCCAAGAACUGCGCAGACAGUAUGAAGAGGAGCUUCAGUCUAUCUAUCGUGAGCUGGAAGUAUUAUCCGAGCAGUAUUCCCAAAAGUGUUUAGAGAACGCACAUCUGGCUCAAGCGCUGGAGGCAGAGAGACAAGCAUUGGGGCAAUGCCAGAGAGAGAACCACAAACUGCACACACACAACCAGGAUCUAAAUCAUCGUCUGAAUGAGGAAAUCACUCGAAUGCACUCCUGCGGCAGUGGAAACAAAGCAACUUCCUCUCUUACUCAGGGCAAAGACAUCUAUGAACUGGAGGUUUUGUUGCGUGUAAAGGAGUCAGAGAUACAGUACCUGAAACAGGAAAUCAAUUCUCUCAAAGAUGAGCUACAGUCAGCACUUCGGGAUAAGAAGUAUACAUCAGAUAAAUACAAGGACAUUUACACGGAGCUGAGUAUCGUGAAAGCUAAAGCUGAUUGUGACAUCAAAAAGCUGAGAGAGAAACUAUUGGCUGCUACUGAUGCACUCGGCGAAUUAGACACUGGGGGAGGAGCCGUUACCACUGGAUACGAUAUCAUGAAGUCGAAGAGUAACCCUGAUUUCCUGAAGAAAGAAAGGUCCAGACAGUUACGCGAGGUCAGGUCAAAGGCAGAGAGUGAGGGGUUGGUUGGGGGUAUCUGACUGCUGUGACCCCGUCUGGUAAAGCAGAGUUUGAAAGAGGGAUUGACUGUCCAGGAGCGGAUGAAACUGUUUGAAACAAAAGACUCCAGAAAGACAUAAUGUCUCUCAUGCAUCCUUUCUUUAUUUCUUAUUUGUAUUUGACAUUUCUUAAUUUCUUGAUUUAAGGUCUUCUUGCUUGGUAGAUAAAAGCAGGAUUAAGAUUUUUUUUGAGUGUGUCUUAAUGUUGAUUUGUGUGAAUUAAAUGAAUACAAUGUUUCAGUAUUUACAGAGACUCUCUCUAAUGAACCACAUAUUGUGAUGUUUUCUUUUGGUCUCUAUUAACAUUUAAGAUUGCAAAAGUUCUCCAUCAGUAUAUAUUGACACUUAAACUCAGUAUUUAACACUGCUUAUAAAGAACGCUGAAAGUGUGUGUAUUUCUCUCAAAGUCUUCUAAAAUGACAUUUGUAUGAUUGUUCUGAGAGACGAUUGUCAAAAGAGUGAUGAUAUUUUGCCAAUGAUACUGUAAAUAGAAGUUGUGUUUGUGCAAGUUAUGAUGCUUUUUCAAACUUUAUAGUACUGUAACUUUAUGAAGAUGAAAUGAUUUGGUUUAUAUAUGCUGGGUAAUUUGAGAAAACGGUGUGUGUGUGUUUUGUAGUGUAUAUUUGACUGUCAAAACGUUUUUGGGUGGUUUGUCGAAUGUGCCGAAAUCAUUUACUUGAGGGGAAUCCAAUUGCUGUUUUAAUUGCUUUUGUGUUGCUUUCAUGUACGAAAUAUAGAGCAACCCAACUUGAUGUCUGCUGUCAGUCUUGCAGCAUAAAACGUUCGGCUACUGAUAGUGAGUUUAGUUUUGUCCUGUAAUUCGAUUUGAACACAAAGGAAUUUUUAAGCUGUGGAAUUGUUUUGUUAUUCCAGCGUUUGUUUGUUUUAUACUUUCCUUUGCAUGAAUGUGAAGCACUUUGACAAGUCGCAAUGAUAUAUUUCUGUGCUCUUAUUUUGAAACGUGAUUCCAUUUUCCUUCUGUUCCAGAAUUCAGAACAUAAACACACACCAGAGAAAACUCACUGUAUAAUAUUCAAUACAUGCUUUGUAAAUAUUUGGUUUUAGAGAAAAUGUCUUUAUCCUGUUCUCAUUCUACAUAGAGAAAAAAAAUCUUUAUAUCUUUCUAUAUACAGUAUGUGUGCGUGCGUGUGUGUGUGAGAGAGCGAGAGAGAGAUAAACAAUGAAAUCUGUUCUGCCAUAUUCUGCUUGAUAAAUGGUAGUUGCUCUUUAACCUCCUGAGACCCCUUGUCCACAUUGUUUUGGCUUCGCUAUAAGCUAUUCCUAAUUUAAUUUAAACCAACUGAUCUCAGUUCAGGAGACUCUGUGCUGUCAGCAAAGGGUUAAACUUUGGAUGCAGCCAGUUGUGUGAUAAAACAACAUGGCACCGAUCUCAGCUGAGUGGGAGAAAUGCCAGCAAAAGUGCAUCUGGUUAGAAACCUCAUUAAGCUUUUACAUUAAAACCUGUUUGAGACAAAAGAUUAGAGUCUCUAGUUUCAUCCCAUAUGCCAUUUUUUUUAUAGAUCGAUUUUUUUUUCAUAGAUUUAUUGCGAAAUGUCACGCUGUUAAACACAAUUACCACGUAUGUGGACUAUAGGCUCAUUUUCCUUAAAAUAUCUUACAUUCUCGGUGCAUCACAUGGAAAAUCAAUGCAUCCAAAAUCUGAAAAAGCUGUUACUUUCAGAGGCUUUAUAUGGAGUUAAGAUGAAAAUAAGGAGCAUUUCAAACUGUUCUGAGAUCAGUGCAAACAGACAGCACUCUGGAGGUUAAGUCAUGCACUAAAUAGGGAGCAUCCUAUAGCUCUCUAUAACUGUUCUGAGACCAGUGCAGACAGACAGCACUCUGGAGGUUAAGUCAUGCACUAAAUAGGGAGCAAGGAAGCGUCCUAUAGUGCGUUCACUCCUAAAAUCUGAUCAAAAGUUCAGUUUCAGGCUGCAGAUGAUGUUUGGAUCACUCAACAUGUUUGACACACAUGGGACGAUGAUCAUCAGUACAUAGAUUCACCAUUUAUAAUGUAUCAUUUUAUUUGAACAUGGUUGGCUGUGAUUGGAUGAUGCUGGACAUUACUUAUAUCUGAAUUAAUUAUGUUAAUUUCUGAUGUAAUGUCUGUAGAAACACGAUUAACCAACACUCCUGGACACAUAAUAAACAAUUUGAUUUUUUAAAUUUUGGUUUUCUAUUGCUUGGUAUUAUUUAAAAUUCUCAACUUAGUCCCAAUGUCCACAUAUGUAGACAUACGUUUUUUGGAAGAUUAUUUGGUCUUUAUAUACAAAAGUUUAGAAUAAUGUAUUUAAUGUAGAUUUUGCUGUUUCAGAAGGAAAUUUGUAUUUUAAUUAAUACAAUUUUGGGGAUUCAUUUGCACUUUUCGCACCAAACUACAUUCAUCUCUAGGACACCGAAUGCAUCUCCUUCCUGAGCGGUGUGAUGACUGUGUGGUCCCAUGGUAUUUAUACUUGAGUACUAUUGUUUGUACAGAUGAACGUGGUAUCAGGCAUUUGGAAAUUGCUACCAAGGAUGAACCAGACUUGUGGAGGUCCACCAUUUAUUUUUUGGAGGUUUUGGCUGAUUUCUUUAGAUUUUCCCAUGAUGUCAAGCAAAGAGGCACUGAGUUUGAAGGUAGGCCUGAAAAUACAUCCACAGGUACACCUCCAAUUCAGUACACCUCCAAUCAGAAGCUAAUCGUCUAAAGUCUUGACAUAAUUUUCUGCAAUCUUUCAAGCUGCGUAAAGGCACAAUUAACUUAAUGUAUGUAAACUUCUGACCCACUGGAAUUGUGAUAACAUCAAUUAAAUUGAGUUGUAAGGUUGUAAAAGCAACAACUUGUGUACAGAUAUGUUU